GCAGCGGCUGGUCAGGGUAGUCUUUCUUCCAUUCCUGUGCUUUUGACACUUUUCGCAGAGUAGUUGGGGUAGGCCGGGGUGGAGCUGGGGUGAAUCCGAGUCUGGGUAGAGAGACUUGUCAAGAUGACAGAGGAAAGGGGAAAGGAAAAACCGGGGUGCCUUUUGAAAUUGGGUUCCAGAGGUUACUCUUGGCUGACGCUGACCCUGUCCUGUUGGACAUUCUUGCUUUACUACAUUAAUUGCUAUUUGUGUCCUUUGGGGGGUUGGACCCGGAGGUCGCUUCUCCCUGGACAGAAAGUCCUUCGUAUCCUGAGGUCUUUGGAGAAGGCUUUACCUUUUGCGUGUGGGAUAGAGAAGGCUCGGCAGCCUCUGACUUUUCCCAGUCUCUGGGAGGGCAUUUAAAUUUCGGCUUAGUCCAUUUCUGACAGCCGGAGACCGACUCAGAUGUUCGUCCCGCCCGCCAAUCCCCGGCGGAGAUUCCAACUUGCCCCUGUUCCUUUUAAGAAGUUGCCAUUAGGCUUUAAAAAUAGUGAUAAUAGUAAAAUUUAAACCUGACCUCCACGGUAUUAGGACUUGGUGCUGGGCUAGCGCAGUGACGGAAGGCAAAACUGGGGCAGGGAUGUGACCGAUUCGUUGGGGGAAACCAGGGGGAAUCCUCACAUUCCGGAUUGGGAUCUGCGGGUAUCCCCGCGCCCCGGAAUUGUAGGAAGACUGCGGUGAAUCGUGAUCUGGGGCUGUUCCGUAACAGCUGCUACCCUCGGCGGGAGAGGGAAGACGCCCCGCUCAGGGUGCUGAAUCGCUGCGGGGUCUCUGGCGCAGUGGCGUCGCGGUAUAGAGUGUAGAAGGGAGGUGUCCCUGUUAUUAUUUGACACCCCCUCCCCUUUUAUUUGGCCAGGCUUGUUAAAGCGGGAGGCUGAGCUCGCCCCUCUAAGCCAGCAAUCGGAAAGGAAAGCCGGCAGAGGAAGGAAGGGGCGCGCGCUGGGGGUGGAGAAAGAGGAGGGCGGAGAGGGGCGGCGGCGCCGGCUGGGUAGGAGCGCGGCGACGGCGCAAGUGGGGACCCGGACCGGGUUGGCGGCGCAGAGAGCUGGUGCGGGAGGGAGCCUAGCACCACCGCGGCGCCUCUCGCCUUUCUCCUUCAGGUGGCGCAAAACUUUGCGCCUUGGCUUUUGGCAGGCUGUAUUCCCUACAGUCGCCUCCCUCAGCCUCUGAAGGAGGCCAAGGCCUAUGGCGAUUCCUGGGCGUCUGCAGGGCUAAGUCCCUGCUCCAAGGAGGCGGGGACUCGGAGCAGCUGCUAGUCCGAUACAGCCGCCACGAUGCCCCUCAACGUGAGCUUCGCCAACAGGAACUAUGACCUCGACUACGACUCGGUGCAGCCCUAUUUCAUCUGCGACGAGGAAGAGAAUUUCUAUCACCAGCAACAGCAGAGCGAGCUGCAGCCGCCCGCGCCCAGCGAGGAUAUCUGGAAGAAAUUCGAGCUGCUGCCCACCCCGCCCCUGUCCCCCAGCCGCCGCUCGGGGCUCUGCUCUCCAUCCUAUGUUGCGGUCGCUGCGUCCUUCUCCCCAAGGGAGGACGACGAUGGUGGCGGCGGCAACUUUUCCACCGCCGAUCAGCUGGAGAUGGUGACCGAGCUGCUUGGAGGAGACAUGGUGAACCAGAGCUUCAUCUGCGAUCCUGACGACGAGACCUUCAUCAAGAACAUCAUCAUCCAGGACUGUAUGUGGAGCGGCUUCUCGGCUGCCGCCAAGCUGGUCUCAGAGAAGCUGGCUUCUUACCAGGCUGCGCGCAAAGACAGCGCCAGCCCGAGCCCCGCCCGCGGGCACAGCGGCUGCUCCACCUCUAGCCUGUACCUGCAGGACCUCACCGCCGCCGCGUCCGAGUGCAUUGACCCUUCGGUGGUCUUCCCCUACCCGCUCAACGACAGCAGCUCGCCCAAGUCCUGUACCUCGUCCGACUCCACAGCCUUCUCUCCUUCCUCGGACUCGCUGCUGUCCUCCGAGUCCUCCCCACAGGCUAGCCCGGAGCCCCUAGUGCUGCAUGAGGAGACACCGCCCACCACCAGCAGCGACUCUGAGGAAGAACAAGAAGAUGAAGAAAUUGAUGUGGUGUCUGUGGAAAAGAGGCAGCCCCCUGCCAAGAGGUCCGAAUCAGGGUCAUCCCCAUCAGGAGGCCACAGCAAACCUCCACACAGCCCACUGGUCCUCAAGAGGUGCCAUGUCUCCACUCAUCAGCACAAUUAUGCAGCGCCCCCCUCCACGAGGAAGGACUAUCCAGCUGCCAAGAGGGCCAAGUUGGACAGUGGCAGGGUCCUGAAACAGAUCAGCAACAACCGCAAAUGUGCCAGCCCCAGGUCCUCAGACACCGAGGAGAACGACAAGAGGCGGACACACAACGUCUUGGAACGUCAGCGGAGAAACGAGCUCAAGCGCAGCUUUUUUGCCCUGCGUGACCAGAUCCCGGAGUUGGAAAACAAUGAAAAGGCCCCCAAGGUAGUUAUCCUCAAAAAAGCCACCGCCUACAUCCUGUCCAUCCAAGCGGAGGAACACAAGCUCAUCUCAGAAAAGGACUUACUGAGGAAGCGGCGAGAACAGUUGAAACACAAACUCGAGCAGCUUCGAAACUCUGGUGCGUGAACUGACCUCGCGCGUGCGCGAGGAGGAGCUGGGAUCGCUCGUGUAUUCUCACUCCUUACUCAGGGAGAGUAAGGAGAACGGUUCCUUCUCUUAGAACUGAUGCGCUGGACUUGAAAUGCAUGCUCAAAGCCUAACCUCACAACCUUGGCUGGGGCUUUGGGACUGUAAGCUUCAGCCAUAAUGUUAACUGCCUCAAACUCUAGGCAUAAAAGAACUUUUUUUUAUGCUUCCCAUCAUUUUUCUUUUCCUUUAACAGAUUUGUAUUUAAUUGUUUUUAAGAAAAAAAAAUCUUAAAGUUUACCCACUUUUCCCAUGUAAAUAGGGUCCUUAAAUGUAAAUAACUUUAAUAAAACGUUUAUAACAGUUAUACAAGA